AUGAACGAGUUCCUAAAAAGAAAAAUAUUUCUUCUGUCCGCUUCUGCCUCUCUCUCCGUCCGUCCGUCCGUCCGUCCCUCUCUCUCUCUCUCUAUCACUCUCUCUCUAUCACUCUCUCUCUCCCUGUCACUGCCUGUGUAUCUAUCUAUCUGUCUCUCUCUGUCACAGUUUGCCUGUUUCUUUCUCUCUGUCUCUCUCUCUGACGCUGUCUGUCAGACUCUCUCGCUCCUACUCUGUCGCUGUCUGUCUGACUCUAUCUGUCUCUCUGACUCACUGCCGAUGUCUAUCUCUCCGACUGUAUCUCUCUCUCACUCUCUCUCUCUCUCACUCUGCCACUGUCUGCCUGCCUGUCUCUUUCUGUCUGUCUGCCGCUCUCUCUCUCUCUCUCUCUCUCUCUCUCUUUGUCGUUGUCUAUCUCUCUUUGUCUCUCUGACUUUCUCUCUCUUACUGUCGCUGUCCCUCUUCUUUAUCAUUCUCUCUCUCUCUCUCUAUCUAUCUAUCUAUCUAUCUAUCUAUGUAUCAGUCUCUUUUUCUAUCUAUCUAUUAUAUCUCUCUCUCUCUAUCUCAUCUAGCAUAGUCUCUUUAUCUAUCUAUCAUAGUCUCUUUGUCUGUCUACCUAUCUAUCUAUGUAUCUAUCUAUCUAAUAUAUAUCUUUAUCUAUCUAUCAUAACUUCUCUUUGUCUCUUUCUCGCUCUUUCAUUCUUCUUCAUACCCUAUCACUCUUCCUUUCACAACUCCCACAUCCUGUCUGAAUUUCUUUCUCUCUUUCUUUCAAUCAAAUACACACGCACUCUCUUAGUAUUACUGUCUCACCACUUGUUUUUAUUUUUCUUUCUCUCUUUCCUUCGUUCAAAUACACGCACACUCUCACACUUCCUCUCUCACCCCUGUUUUUCUUUCUCUCUCUCUCUCUCUCUCUCUCUCUCUCACUUUCAUUCGAAUACACGCACUCUCACAUUCUUCCUUUCUUCAUAUAUUUGA